CUGCCGAACAGAUAUUCCACAUCUCCCGAUAAUAUUUCUUACGUGUUUCUCAAACGUGCUGCUCUGGGCUUGGCUAAACCACUCACUCUCCUCUUUAAUUGUCCUGAUAUUUGGAAAACGGGGCUAGUCAAACCGGUCCACAAAAAAGGUUCCCGCAAUGUGGUACACAACUAUCGACCCAUCUGUUUAACUUCUGGUAUCAGUGAAGUUAUGGAAAGAAUAAUUUGUUCUAGUAUCCUCACCUUUGUGUUAGAAAAUAACAUCCUUAACUCUGCGCAGCACGGGUUCCUCAGCAAACGUUCUACGACAACUGCCCUGCUCUCCUUCCGCGGUGGCAUAGGGAGUUGGACCGAAGGUAUUAUAAAGCAUUCUGAUUCGAUCCCUAUCUCGCUGCUUCUCAAAAAGUCGGAAGGCGUAGGCAUAACUGGCUGCCUUCCUCCGUUUUAUUAG